AUGGCAUGGAUUCGAACAAAGUUUGGUAGAACAAGAGUCUCUGGAGAUCAGAAUCAAGAUAGACUCAGCGACUUACCUGAAUGUAUUAUCCUUCACAUUUUAUCAUUUUUGAGCAUACAACAUGCGGUUCAAACUUGUGUUUUGUCCACCAGAUGGAAACAUCUCUGGAAACGUAUUCCAACUAUUAGGUUGAAUUCUUUUCAAUUUAGGACUUUGAAGAUAUUUUCCGUAUUCCUAUCUAAGAUUUUGUCUCUCCGUGAUACCUCAACUGCACCACAUACAUUUGAUCUUUUCCGUCAUCGUGAUAUUGAGCCUCGACUCCUUAAAAAGUUUUUAAACUAUGUUUUUUACUAUAACACCCAUCUCAAACAUUUAGGAAUCUCUGUCAAUGGUGAUACUGCUCUCAUUUUGAGCUGUGUUUCUUCAUGCCGGGCUCUUACAUCUCUUAAGCUUUCACUUCACCCUAGAGGGAGGGAUCCUACAGAAACAUUAUUUCCAAAUUCUUUGAAUUUGCCUUUACUAACCAGCUUGGAUCUAACAAAUUUUGCCUUUUGCGGUGAUGAAAGCGGUUGUGCUGACCCCUUUUUGGCCUUUACCAAGUUGAAUACUUUGGUCCUUCGUUGUUGUAAGGUAAUGGAUGCACAAAUCCUCAGCAUAUCAAGCCACACACUUGUCAAUUUUGCUAUGCAUCAUAAUUCAUCUCUCCUUGCCAAGAUCAAGCUAUAUGUUCCAACUCUUUCUACCUUUAAUUAUACCGGGAACCACCAUAUUCACGAAAUAUGUGGGAGCGGACUUUCUUCGGUUAAAAAAGUAAAUAUCAAAUCACGACGAUUUUCAGCUUCGAUGGAGGAUGCUUUGAUUCUAUUUAGCUGGCUGCUAAACUUUGCCAAUAUAGAGUCAUUGACCGUCACUUCAACUAUUCUUCAGAUUCUCUCCUUAAAUCCUGAUUUAUUCGAGGUUAAGCUCCAUUCUUUGCAUAAAUUGAAGUCGUUGAAAGUAAAACUGAUACAAAUUGAGGAAGGAUCUUUAUUACUAUUAAUGGAAGACGCCAUGUUAAAGAAAGCUGCUGCCAAGUCACCUAAAGAAGUUGAAAAGUUAAGAGAGGCAUUUGAAACAUGUUUGGAACCACCUGCCAUACCUGAUGGAAUAGUUGACUUCUUGCGACAAAAUUCGCCGUCGGCUGAAGUGAACAUCAGAACAAAAUAUCCGAGUUCUUUUAAUCUGAAGCAGCAGAUUGAAGAAUCUAUAAAGGGUGUGAAGAUUAACGAUUAUCGUUCGCGAUUCUCUGUGCCUUCCACCUCCAAACUUCCGAGACUUUCUCUGCGUUCCUCCUCCUCUGUCGCACCUGCUUCAGCUGACAAGUCUGCUUCUGAAGCUGCUCCUGCUUCUGCCACCGAGCCUGCCAAGACUUUGACUCCAGAAGGAGAACAAAGAUCAGCUUCUGGUGUAGUACCAACACCAGAGUUAGCCUCUGAAGAUGUUUUAGAAAGUUCAGAAGAUGAAUCUGAUCCUGAAGAUUCUGAAGAUGAGUCAGAAGAAGAUUCUGGAAAUGGAUCUGAUUCUGAUCCAGAUGCUGAUGAUGAUCCAGAAUCUGGUGGUGAUAAUAGUUCUGGAAGGGAAAAUUCUGAAGGUGGUAAUUCUGAAAGUAGUAGUUAUGGUGCAACUUCAGAACAAACUCAAAGACCACAAAGAAUCAGACAAAAACCAAGAAGCAAACCGUCAUUUGACAGAGCUUUCAGUCAUUUUGUUCGUGUUCUUGUGGAACUGGAUCUUACAAAAGAACUAAUCUAUAAAGUGUUGGUGGAAAGAGUUGGAUUUGCCUUCUUUGUAGAGGUGGAAUAUGAAAAAAUACCUGACUUCUGUACUUUCUGCAAUUGUAUUGGUCAUGGGUAUGACAAUUGUAAAAGGAAAUCUUUGAAGGAUAUGAACAAUGGCAAAAGCAAAACAACAGAGGGUCAACCAAAAACUGAAAAUAAAAAGGAGGUUGAAGUUGUGGAUAUUGAUGACAAUACACAAGUCAAUGAGCCAAAAGAUCAGGAAGAGUUUGCUAAUACAAGUGAUGGUCGAAAUCAGGAGGAGGAGAUUUUGGAAGCAAACGAAAACAACCACAUAGUUACUGUCAAUCAGGAAGCUGAUAAAGAGAUUUCUGAGUCAGAUUCAGAAGCUGAGUUUGUUGAUGCCACCCUUGAGGUUUUAAGAGUGGAAGAGACACAACCCAAUCUGCAAGGAAAUGACAGCAACAUACAAAUUUUUUUAUCUGAAUCAUGGGCGAAUAUGGCUGCUCAGGAGGUGAAUUUGGAAACAGAUGGCUUCAAACUUGUUAGUUCAAAAAGGAAUUCAAAAAAAUCCAAGAAGAAGCAAUUAACUAGGGCUGAACCAAGUACAUCUAAUCCUUUCUCAAAAGAUUAA